AUGUCUACUGCUACAAGUAGUGAUAAUUCAGACAUUGCUAGUAGAAUUCAAAAAAUAGCUGAUAAAUUAUACGAAGAAAGUGGAUCCAACGUUAUAGCACGUAAAAUUGUCUGUACUGAAAACGUUUUAGACGACCCUUACGAUAAGAAAAAACUUUCUGAAUUAUCUAUCUCAUCGUCCAGCAAUUCUUCAGAUUCAAAUAGUUCAGAUUCUGAUACUGACAAUAGUUCAGACUUGGACGAAGAAGAGAACAAUAGAUCAGAUAAGAAGUACCGAGAACAAUUACAAUCUAUUGAAACAUAUUUUGAUUCAUUAAAAGAAAUGUUGUUUCGUGAAAGAAUAAAAGAAGUUGAAGAUAAGUUAGUUGAAGUGAGAUUGGGUACGGCUAAAGAAUACCGUAUACCUUUACAAGAAUUACAAAAUCAAAUGAAAUCUCGACUGGAAGUAGCAACUGUACUAAGACAGUUCAAAUUAACAAAUCUUAAACAUAAAUAUGAAGCCGAAGAACAGGCAAUACGACAAAAUUUUGAGAAUAAUAAGGAAAUUUUAUAUGAUACUAUAAAAGCUGAUCUAGAAGAAAAAAUUCAGCGAUUAGAAGAAGCACGUAAUGAAGUAGAUAUAGAUGCUUCUCUUUGGUUAGGUCGUAGUUUAACACGCAGUGGACGUGGACGUGGAAGGCGACCCUAUGGUCAUGUACAACCCAAGCGGAAACCAGUUAUUGUAUCUGGACCAUGUAUAGUCUACAACCUUAAAGAACAUGAAAUACUUGAAGAUUGGACCACAAUUAAAAAGUUGCUAUCGUCGUCAAAACGAAAAGAAAAUGCUGAGCAACGAUAUAAACCAUAUAAUUAG